AAAAAAAAAAAAAAAGAAAAAAGAAAAUUCCGCAGAUUUACAAUGGCUAUGGCUUCAAUAGCUGGCUUCCUCGGCUCCUCCCAAGCCGUACUCGAGGGCAGCCUCCACCUCAGCGGCUCGAGCCGCCUUAGCAUCGCUUGCUGCCCUAAAUCAGUUCCCCUGGACAAACCCUGUUUCACCAUACGAGCCCAGCUGCCGAGCCAAGCCGAGACCAUAGAGACGAGCCGCCGGGGCAUGUUGGGGCUUGUUGCAGCCGGGAUUGCAUCUGGCUCGUUCGUGCAAGCUGUGUUAGCCGAGGCCAAGCCGAUCAAGGUUGGGCCUCCACCUCCACCCUCCGGCGGACUGCCCGGCACGUUGAACUCAGACGAAGCGAGAGAUCUCGAGCUGCCUCUGAAGGAUCGGUUCUUCCUGCAGCCGCUCACGCCAGCUCAGGCGGCGGCUAGGGCCAAGGAGUCGGCAAAGGAAAUCGUGAACGUGAAGACGUUUAUCGACAAGAAAGCUUGGCCUUACGUGCAAAACGACCUCCGAUUGAGGGCCGAGUACCUCCGUUAUGACCUCAACACGAUCAUCUCGGCUAAGCCCAAAGACGAGAAGCAAUCCCUAAAGGACCUCACCGGAAAGCUUUUCCAGACCAUCAGCAACCUUGACUAUGCAGCAAAGAUCAAGAGCAGCCCUGAGGCAGAGAAGUACUAUGCUGAAACUGUAACUAAAUUGAAUGAUGUCUUGUCCAAGCUUGGCUAGAAAUAACAUAACAAAUAGUAUAUAUGUAUUUAUGUAUGAUCAAUAUGCAAGCUUUGCUUUAUUUUUGUUGUGAAUGGAGAUCAUUUUCCCUGUUAAUUGAGCUCAAGUGAAAUUUAAUUUAGCACUAGCUAACCAUAUAUUGUCAAUAAGCAUGUUAAAGUCCCUCAACUAGUGAGUGCUUCAUCAACAAUUAAUUAAACAAGCUUUGAUGAAUUUGAAUUUCAUCAAUUACACUAUUUAUCAAUUAC